CCUGCCAAGAGGGAAGGGAAUACGUGAAGUUUCUUUUAGAGGGUUUGGGAAAUGGAAAAGUUAAAUGCAGCUUCAGGGGGCCACAAGCCUGCUGUGGGAAUUCCUUCAGUCAAUGGCCUUUGGGAUGCUAGCCCACUUUGGAUGUGGUCUCAUGUACUAUAAAUGCAGAUGUAGGGGCAUGUGGGAGCCCCUUGGCUGCUGGCUUCGGUUCCAGUUCCCAGCACACGCAGAGGACUAUGGAUCUCGACUCUUUCUUGACCAAAACUGACGAAGUGAAGAUUAUCAUGGUGAAGCAUUACAGAGUAGGUCUAGAUGAGAAGUACGAAGUAACAAAGAAGUGGUCUUUGGAUGAUCUUCAGAUGAUUGACGGAAAAGAAGCUGAUACCGACAAUCCGUUUUUUGACCUGCACUUCAAGAAAGUGUACAGCCUGGAGGCCUACAGCUGUGCCUCUAAGUACUCCUUUGCUCGAACGGUGAACAGGCUGAACCAUGUGUAUCUUAAGAAGGACUUGUACAUCGUGAACUUCGAUUCGACUUACAUCAACGAUGACUCCAUUUGGUCCUCCAACAACAAGGACUGUCUGGUCCUCAUGAGAAUAUGCUUUUAUGCUUUCAAUCUUGUGUGCUUGUCCCUAUGUCCCCUGCCACUUUGAAGAUGUAGCCCAAAGUCCUCCAUCAGUGUCCGAAGAAAUGGUUCUCCAACUGAAUACCGAUAGUCAAAAGUUUGUUUUGCCUCUUCCUCGAUGGCUAUUAUUCAAACUAAAAUAAAACGAGGCUUUGUGAACAGCAGUGAAAUGGGUUUUGUGCAACUGUUAACAGUCAGGAUUCUUUGGCUCCGUUGCAUUCCAUGGUAAUUUCCAAAGGUGUUACAUGGCUUGGGCUAAGUUAGAGUCAAGAAAAAACUUUAGAAAA